AUGGAAAAUUAUAUAUAUGAUAAAUAUAAAGAUCCUCACGAUUUCCCCGCUCUAGAUCUAAACUUGAACUUGAAUUCACCGAAUUCAACAACAAGCCUAUCGAGCCAACUACCAAGGAUUUCUGAUGAACACUUCAAGGAGAUCCUUGAAAAGAAGAAAAGAGCACGAAAAACAUCCAAAACUGAACAUGUUCAGAGAGUCGAUGCAGAUACUUUGCCUGUCCGUGUCGAUCGUAUAACCUCCUCCACGCCUAUAACGGAAAGCCACAAUGAUGCAGAUCUGAAGUUGAAGGAGUUACAGGAGAGAAUUGAACAAUUAGCAAUUGAAAAUUCAGAUUUGGCUAGUGAAAAUAAAAGCUUGAAUGAUAAGCUUGAUCAAUUAGAGCAAGAUUUGCAAUAUAAUAGUCAUCUCUUGUCUAAGGAACGAGACCUAAACAAAUCUUUGGUCUCCAACUAUGACAGUAAGUUAAAGUCGUUGAAUUCUCAGCUGGAACUAGAUAAUUCUACUAUUGAAAUCUUGAGAAAUGAUAAUUCAACUUUACAAAGUGAACUAGCAGAUUUAAAAGGAUUACUCAGUGCCAGGGAUAUUGCGAUAUCCAACUUAAAUAGUGAAUUAUCCAACGAGAGAAAUAAGUCAAGUAAUUUAAACGUGCAAGUGGCAAAACUAAGUACCCAAAUCCAAGGUUCAGAAAACGUGCUGAAGUUGUCCAAUGAUUAUUUUGGCUCAAAAUAUUCCUUCUUGGAAAUGGACAAAAUUGAUUCGUUAUCGUUGUUUGAGUCACAAAAUUUGUUGAAGAAUAUCGUGCAUGUCUUGAAUGUUAACUUCACUGGUUUAAAAUCGUCAAUCUUGUUUAUCAGAGAUGAAGUUUUUCCAUUUUUCAAUAAGAUCCAUAACUUACUACACUCUAGAAAGUCGGGAAACUUACUUGUAGUCAACAACUCUGCCAACUUAACUUUAUCUGAUCGUGAGAAUCUGAAGCAAUGCAUGCAUUUAUUAAUUGAGGACGUUGAAUCCUUGAAACAAUCAGAAAAUCGUUAA